AUGAUGGCAAGCUUUGUGCUCAUCAUUAUAGUCAUAGCGACAAUAGUAACCGGAAAUGAGUUCUCCAAUAUUGACGAUGCUCAAGUAGAUCGACUUUUGAAAAAACUUAACAAACAUGCUCUUAAGUCCAUCAAGAGUCCGGAUGGAGAUAUUAUAGACUGCGUUCAUAUGAAAAACCAUCCCAUUUAUGAUCAUCCUUUAUUCAGAAACCACACCAUUCAGAUGAGACCAAGUACUUUCCCAAAAGAAUGGAACAACGAAUCUUUAAACACCCAAAACAAAUCUAAUGUGGUGACUCAACUUUGGAGAACCAAUGGAAGAUGUCCAAAAAAUAGUAUUCCAAUCAUAAGAACUAGAAGAGAAGAUAUAUUACGAGAAAAAUCGAUGAGAACAUAUGGAAAAAAGGAACCUAACAGCUUCCCUCAACCUAAACCAGACAAUAAACCUAGAACCAAGCGCACACAUUCGCACUCUGUAUUGGUUACAAAAGGAAGGUUUCAUGGAGCUAAGGCGACUAUAAGCUUAUGGAAGCCUUACGUACAAACACUAAGAGAGUUCAGCCUAGCACAGAUAUGGCUUGUAUCUGGCACUUCUAGAGACACUAACAGCAUCGAAGCUGGAUGGCAGGUGUAUAAAGGUUUGUAUGGUGAUUACAACCCCAGAUAUUUUGUUUACUGGACUGCCGAUGGAUAUCAGGAUACUGGCUGCUACAAUCUUAAGUGUCCAGGCUUUGUUCUUGUAAGUCAAGACUUUGCCAUAGGUGCAGCCGUUAGUCCUGUCUCCAGCGUCGGUGGUGCUCAAUAUCAGAUUCCAACAUCUAUAUGGAGGGACACACGUUCAGGACACUGGUGGUUAAAAGUAUAUGACAAUAUAUUUGUCGGGUAUUGGCCUUCCUCCUUGUUUACUACUCUAAAAGAUGUUGCAACAGAUGUGAAUUGGGGAGGAGAAAUAACUAAUUAUAGAGAUGGAUCACAACAUACAACAACGAAGAUGGGGAGUGGACGCUUUGCAGAGGAAGGAUAUGAGAAGGCUAGUUACUUCAAAAAUAUUGAGAUAGUUGAUGAGGGUGAAAUUAUGAAACCACCUGUGGGAACUUCUUCUUUUAUGAGUGAAGAAAAUUGUUACAAUAUCAAACCUGGCACUGAUGUUCAUUGGGGGGUUUACUUUUUCUUUGGUGGUCCUGGUCGAAAUCCUAAGUGUAAAUGA